GGUAAUUCCUUAAAUAAUUCCAUAUUAUUCUAUUAUUUCUUUCCAACAGAAACAAGUUGUGGAAAAUGAGUGGUGGCGUGUAUGGAGGAGACGAAGUGGGGGCUCUCGUCUUUGAUGUUGGAUCAACUUCAUUUCGUGCUGGAUUUGCCGGUGAAGAUGCUCCUAAGGCUGAUGUUCCAACAUUUAUUGGUGUAAUUGAGGACUGCAGUAAGACAGAAAUACAAAUGGAAACUGAUGAGAUGGGUGAGAAAUCGGGACCAUUGACAGCAAAAAAAUAUUUCAUUGGAACAAACUCUCUUCAUGUUCCUCGUGAGAACAUGGAGGUUGUCAGUCCUCUUAAAGAUGCAACCAUCGAAGAUUGGGAUAUGUUUGAGAAUCUUUUGGAACAUGUCUAUAAACGUCACAUCAGAUCCGAUCCUUCACUACAUCCAGUCCUCAUGUCAGAGGCGUCGUGGAAUGCACGGGCAAAACGAGAGAAAACGACCGAACUGAUGUUCGAAAAAUAUGAUAUCCCAGCAUUCUUUAUGUGCAAAGAUGCCGUUCUGACGAGCUUUGCGCAUGGUCGCAAUACGGGUCUCGUUAUCCAUUCGGGCAGCAAUUUGACGAGUGCAAUACCUGUUCAAGAUGGAUACGUUUUACAGCAAGCCAUCGUGAAGUCGCCUUUGGCUGGUGAUUUUGUCUCUGCGCAGUGUCGUAGUAUGUUUGAGGAAAAAAACAUAGAAAUCGUCCCACCAUAUCUGAUUGCGACCAAAGAGGCUGUCAAAGAGGGCGAGGCUCCUGUAUUCACGAAGAAAAGUUUCAAGAAUAUCACAAAGUCCUUCCAUAAUUACAUGACUAAACAAAUCAUUCAAGAUUUUCAGGCCAGCACUCUUCAAGUUUCAGAUGGACCAUUUGACGACAGUUUAUUCGGGAGUAUUCCCACAAAUCAUUACGAGUUCCCCAAUGGUUAUAACUACAGCUAUGGUGUGGAGAGAUUUCGUUUAUGCGAGGGAUUGUUUGAUCCAAGUAAUGUCAAGGGUAUUGAAGGUAGCACAGCAAUGGGUAUUACACAAGUUGCUACUACAAGUAUUGGCAUGUGCGAUAUUGACAUGAGACCUAGUUUGUUCAGUAACAUCAUUGUUAGCGGAGGUAAUACGUUAUUAAAUGGUUUUGUCGACCGUCUCAAUCAAGAACUUGCUUCAAAAGUGCCCGCGAGUGCAAGACUUAAAGUGAUUUCACACAAUUCAACGUUGGAAAGAAGGUUUAGCUCGUGGAUUGGCGGUUCUAUUUUGGCCUCUUUGGGUUCUUUUCAACAAAUGUGGAUUUCCAAGCAAGAGUAUGAGGAACACGGAAAGAGUUGCGUCGAGAGAAAAUGUCCUUGAUAAGAUUAUAUCAGAUAAGUCCGCUGCCUAAAAGGAUUUUUAAUGUCGUUUAUGUCCUUCGAAACAGAGGUAUGUCGGCAACUCAUUACGAAAUGACACCGAGUAUACACUGCUUCCCGAUAUCCUUUGGAACGAUUUCAUGUACAACUUCUCUUUUGAAGAUACUUUUGAUUUAGUCAUGAUCGAGGAACCGAGAGAAGUUUUUAGGACUUUCUUUUUUAGAAAAUCUUCACGACGUUUGUAUGGUUACGAUGACGUAACGUAGUUGUUGUAGCUACUGGAUUUGGUCGUAAGUCGCGUAAUGAACUCACUGGUGUCCGUUGUGAGCAUACCGAAUCGUUUAAAUGAACCGAUUUUUCAUUCCUCAGUAAAUACAUACCUAAUACGUACAUAUGAAUGGGUUUUCUGAUUGGGGGAAUUUGAUUAGCAUUUCCUUAACGUAUUGUAUAAUUUAUUUCGAGUCAAUCAAAAUCCUGGUCACAUACGUAAAUACCGACCCUCAUUCGUCAGAUGCCUCAUUUGCAAUACAAAUAAAAUUCCAAUACGAA